AUGGGGCUCCGAGCUGGGCGCCAUACCAGCCAAACGUGCCUGGGACAGCAGGGGAGAGCAGUCCAGGGUCGAGAAGGAGGGCAGAGGACCCUGGUGUUUUCCUUUGGGGAUGUUUACCUUUAUAGCUACCCUGAUAGCUCUCCUCUGCUCUCCCACUUCACACCCAGGUUCCAUAAGCCUGAUGAAAGGAGACAUCGCAGGUCUGACACUUUUGGAGAAAUGGAAAAUUUGCCAUCUGCCCGGAGAGAGGGAAUGGCCAGGCAGGCCCUUCUUACGCUCAAUCCUAUAAUCCUUCCACAAGAUUUUGUGCUUGGGGAGAGCCACGGCUCUUUGGAUUCCCAGGACAAGCACAAGCCUGGCUCUCCACCAGGAGCAGCCCCCAGCCCCAGCGUCCCAGCGCCCCAGCCCGGCCAGGUGAUGGAGUUGGAGCGGUCUGAUCCCCGCUCCCGAUGCCUUCUCCUGCUCCUGCUCUUUCUGUUGCCCCUGCCCUUGUCACUGCCCCUGUCGCUGUCCCAGACUCUGCCCCAGGAGCUGUCGCGGGAACCCUCGGGAACCCAGUCCUCUCUAGGGCCCAGUGGCUGCACUUCAGACCCCUGCACCCACGGGGGCACCUGCCAGAACACUAGUAGUGGUAGCUUCCUGUGUGUCUGUCCCACAGAGCCGGUGGCCUAUGUGGGGACCCUCUGUGAGAAGCUCUACGAUGCCUGCUCUGAGCAGGUCUGCCCCGAGAACCAGACAUGCCAUACAGUCCCAGGGGCUUUGAACCACACCUGUCACUGUCCUCCUGGCUUCUGGGGUCUCAAUUGCAGCUUGAUACACUGUGGGAAGGAUGGCUGUCUUGGGAGUUGUACUGCACAGCCUUGCUAUCAUGGGGGCACCUGUCUUGCAGCAGGGGCUGGCUUUGCUUGCCUCUGUCCUCCAGGAUGGACUGGUCCUCUGUGUGAGGAAGAUGUAGAUGAGUGCAUGUCAGGCCCCUGCCAGAAUGGGGCUCUCUGUGUGGAUGGUCCAGGUGGCUUCCUGUGCUACUGUGUGCCAGGCUUCCAGGGCCCACGCUGUGAGCUGGACAUUGAUGAGUGUGCGUCCAGGCCCUGUAAGCACGAGGCAUCCUGUGUCAAUCGUGUGGAUGGCUACCAGUGCCUGUGUUCCCCUGGCUACACAGGACUGAACUGUGAGACAGAAAUAGAUGAAUGUGAGUCAAACCCGUGCCAGAAUGGGGGCUCUUGCUUGGAGGGCGUUGGCUUCUACCGAUGUCUUUGUUCCCCCGGCUACACUGGACAUAACUGCCAGGUGGAUAUUGAUGAGUGUGAGAGCCAGCCUUGCGUCAAUGGAGGCAUAUGCCACAACUUCAUUGAUAGGUUCCAGUGUGACUGCGGUGGGACCGGCUUCGAGGGUGCUCUCUGUGAGGUGGAAGUGCUGGAGUGCCUGUCCAACCCGUGUCUACACAAUGCCACCUGUCAGGAUGGGCUGAGCAACUAUACCUGUGUCUGCCUGCCCGGUUACCAUGGGGAGCACUGUGAGAUGGAUGAGGAUGAGUGCCAGGGGGCCCCCUGCCUCCAUGGGGGCCUUUGUUUCCAGCGAUCCAAUCAGUCACUCUACGGGGGAGUCCAGCCUGUCUUUCCUGGGACCUUCAGCUACAGCUCAGCAGCUGGCUUUAUGUGCCAGUGUCUUCCUGGCUUCACAGGGCACAACUGCUCCGUGGAUGUGAAUGAGUGUGAGUCUCAACCCUGCCUGAAUGGAGGGACUUGUGAAGAUCUUCCCAACAGCUUCCAGUGCCACUGCCUGGCAGGGUAUACAGGUGUAUCGUGCAUGGUCAAUGUUGAUGAUUGUGCAUCUGAGCCUUGUUUCCAUGGUGCAUCCUGUGAGGAUGGUGUAGAUGACUAUGUGUGCCACUGUCCCCCAACCUGGGGUGGGAAAGAUUGCUCUGUCCUGCUCACUGGAUGUGAAGGUCAUGGCUGCCAACAUGGGGCCCAGUGCAUCCCCAUCUACAAGGCGGGGGCCCAUAGCUAUACCUGUCACUGCCUGCCAGGCUUUCAUGGGCCCAUGUGUACCCAAUCUACUACCUUUUCCCUGGCAACUGGUGGCUCCUUGCUUGUGGCACUGCCUGUGGGUGAUGGGCCUGGGCAACCAGCUGUGUCACUGAGGUUUCGAACUACACUGCCUGAUGGACUUCUGUUCUCCCGAGGAGACACUGUGGAAAGCCUCACCCUGGUGCUGUCUCAGGGCACCCUGUGGGCCAUACUGAGGAGUGAGGGCACUGAGCUCCCCUUGAGCCUCAACACCCCAUCCUUGAGUGAUGGGCAUUGGCACCGGGCUGAAGUGGUCCUCUUCCACUCAGCCUUGGAGCUGAGGCUGUGGCAUGAGGCUUGUGGAAAUGGGCCUUGCCUGAAGAGCCAGCCCCUGGUAGAAGAAGUAGCACUAGACUCUCCAGCCUUCUUGACUGUCCAUGUGGGUGGUGUGUCUGGGACCACCCCGAGCUUUGUGGGCUGCCUGGAGGAUGUGCGUGUGGAUGGGCAUAUGCUAGUGCCCCAGGAUCUUGCUGAUGGCCGGCCUGGGGUACGGCUGGGCUGUGAGCAUACUGAUUGGUGUACCUCAGGGCCUUGUGACCAUGGGGGAUUCUGUGUUGAUCUCUGGACAACAUUCCGCUGUGACUGCCCUAGGCCUUAUGAAGGCCCCACAUGUUCCCAGGAGCCACCGGCAUGGACCUUUGGCCUCGGGGGCUCCCACAGCAUGGCCUCCCUCCUGCUUAGAGAUGCACCAGGCCCCAACCUCACUGUCUCUUUUGUUCUGCGUACUCGUGAGGCUACAGGCCUCUUGCUGCAGAUGACCAAUGGCUCACUGCCCACCUACACAGUGUUCUUGGCCGGAGGGGAGGUCCAUGUGGACAUAGCUUACACUUCAGUGGUGACCCUUCCUGGACGCUUGGAUGAUGGACACCGGCACCUGGUGACCCUUGGCUUAGGCUCUGGACAGCUUCGAGGGCUGCCUCUGGGCCCCAGCUAUGAGGUCCACGUAGGCAGUCUGGCCCCACCAGCCUCAGCUGAACCCUGGGGGGGCAACUUUAAAGGUUGUCUGCAGGAUAUCCGUCUUAACAGUCUCCGCCUGGACUUCCUCCCUCUCCUUCACCGAGGCAACUGGACUAGUUCUGGGGAAGUGUAUGAAGGGCAGGCCAGCAACCUUACUUUGGGCUGUGUCUCUGAAGACACCUGUAGGCUUGAACCCUGUCACAAUGGAGGGACGUGUACUGUGACCUGGAAUGACUUCAUCUGCAGCUGUCCCCCCAAUUUUACCGGGCCCACGUGUGCUAAGCGCUUAUGGUGUCAGGACCAGCCCUGCCCCGCUCCUACCACCUGUGCUGAGGUCCCGGAUGGUUACAUCUGUUUGGCCAAUGCUACAUUCCAAGAUCAGCCACCUGCCGUGUUCACCAGCUACAAUAUGUCGGCCAAACGGGAGUUUGCAGCUCUCUCCUUGGCUUUCCGUACCCGGGACCCUGAGGCCAUCCUGUUGCAGGCAGCUGGGGAGGGGGCCUCCCUGUGGGUGGCCAUCCACAAUGGCUCCUUAUCCAUGUCCAUCCAGAGUGGGAACAGCAUUGAGGGGGCCACCUUCAGAGGUGUGGUGCCCGUUUCCGACGGGGGCUGGCACCUGGUCUCCCUGACCAUGGAGGAACCGGAAGCUUCUGUCUCUCGUUGGUUGCUGCAGCUGGAUGGGGCCAGCAACACGACCCUUUGGGGCCGGGCAGGGAGCCUGGACUUCCUCCGCAACCAUGUGCAGAUUGUUUUGGCAGAAAACUUCACUGGCUGCCUAGGCCGUGUGACCAUUGGUGGCCUUGACCUGCCCUUCGUCCGCCUCAGCAUGCCUCUACCCCAGCCAGAGCAGUUCCUUCUGGACAGUGGAGAUGACAUCCAUCUGGGCUGUCAUGGUGGCCCUGUGUGUUUGGUGGAACCCUGUUUCCAUGGGGGCACUUGUCAGGACCUCUUCAAUGCCUUUAGCUGUGCCUGUAGGGCUGGCUGGGAUGGCCCUCAGUGUGAGAUGGACGUGGAUGAAUGCAGCUCUGCUCCUUGUGUCCACGGCCACUGUGGGAACCUGCCAGGCAGCUACCAGUGCCACUGCAUCCCAGGCUACACAGGGAGGGCCUGCGAGACCAAUGUGGAUGACUGCUUCCAGCAUGCAUGCCUGCACGGGGCCACCUGCAUGGAUGGUGUCCUGGGCUACUCCUGUCAGUGUCCUCCUGAGUUCAGUGGCCCCCUAUGCCAGUGGUCCUUCCCACCAGAUGAAUGCGGCCACAAUUUCACUUGCCUGAAUGGAGGCCACUGUUCCGAUGGGCCCUGGGGAGCCAACUGUACCUGCCCAAUGGGCUACACAGGCCUGAGGUGUCAAAUUCGAGUUCCUGAGUGUGAACCCAACCCUUGCCAGAAUGGUGGCACCUGCCAAGCAGCCGGAAAUGAGGUUGAAUGUAUCUGCAGUAGCAGUUUUGGGGGCCGGCGUUGUGAUGUGGCUAAGGGGCCUCCAGUCACACUGUUCCCGUUCCCAUUGAUUGAGGUGGUUAUACCAGUGGCCUGUGGCUGUCUUCUGCUGCUCCUCAUCGGCCUCCUCUCAGGGGUCCUUGCAGCCCGGAAAAGGCGUCAGUCAGAGGGGACCUAUAGCCCCAGCCAACAGGAGGUGGCAGGAGCCCGGCUAGAAAUGGACAGUGUCCUCAAGGUGCCACCUGAGGAGCGGUUGAUAUGA